AUGGCGGACCCCGUAAGAAACAUCAUCAUUAAGCUUGGAAGCAAGGUACACCCUCCGGCGGCAGCCCUCAAACACAUUCAGACGCUUCUACAGUUGGCUAUGAAGAAGAAGCUCAAGCUUGAUCCUCUGCUUCGCGACGAGAUUCUGGUGACUGUUAUGUCCAACUAUUUGGAGUUUUAUGCUGAGUGGUCGGCAGAUGAUGUAACUGAACUUCUUGUGUUGGUCGCCGAAGCCAGUGAUGACGUCUCUCCAAUGUUUAUUCCAGAACCCUCGGAUGGAAAUCGGGCCGGGGCAUUCCUUCAAUUUUUUGCUCAACGUGCCGUAGAAUCUGUUGAAGAAGCUCGACGACGAGAGGAGUCCCAAGCUCUGUAUCUUGAAGCUGCUCAGAGAGAAGCAACACACAGACAGGAGGUUCUUCGACAACGGGUAAAUGAUUCUGAAACCCCUAUUGAAAUUUCUCCUGAUAGACCUAUUGAUUCUUCUAUUCCAUUGUCUGUGUCUGUUUUGCAUGAAAAUCAAUCUGCUUUGGGUUCCGAGAACUCCCCUGUGAAUGUUGAUCCUCUAUCUUUGCCUGUGACUAAUUUUGCUGGUGAAAAAUCUGAUGCGUUGCAUGUGUCUGAUGAGAAAACAAAGUCCUCUUAUAAGCCAAAUCCACUGAGUCUGGUUGUUUAUGCUUCUGAGAAUAUUGCUCUGCCUCCGUCUGAAACUGUUAAUGUCUCUAAAGAGUCUUGUCCUGCUGUUGACCCUCCUGCCUUACCUGCAACUGUUAAAAUUGUUGAUUUAUCAUCUCCCCACAAGUCUGAGAAAACAGGUGGAGUCCCUGUUUACACUGCAACAUCUUUAGGAGAAAGCCUGGAACAUGUGCGACAUUUUGCUGGGUUACCAUCUGCUUCGAUCCCUCAGCCUUAUCGAGUGAUACACCCUUCAGAAUCCUCCAGUGAAGAUGAUAAGAUACUGGCUGAGGUGUAUGGAUCCCAAGCACCUUCUUCUGCUGCCCCUACUGUUGAGGCAACUGCUCAUCCUGAUUCCACGAAUUUCAGAAUUCGAGAGAUAUCAAAUAUUGUUGGGAGCUCAUCUGCAAAUGUUUCUGAUUCUAGCCACUUUGUGACUCCAGUCCAGUCCCCAUCCAGAGAAACAAGACGGACAAAAAGGAAGAAUGUUCCAACGAAGGUUGUUGUUGAAACCAGUGCUGAUAAUGUUGAUGUGGAUCAGCUUCAACAAGGAACUAUUGCUGCUCAAGCUGCUUCUGCACCAGCCCCCUCUACCAGAAAAGGGAAACCUACCACAAGGUCAAGAGGUCGAAGUGUAACUCCGGAGGUUCCACCUAUUGAAGGAAUUGAUACUACUGUCUACAAACCUCAGUUUGUAUCCCCUGCUGCACAAACAAAAUGGGCCACUAUGGUCAGAAGGGAGCUGAUUGUUCAAAGAACUGUGGAUGAGAAUCAACUGAACUCCGUUUGCGACAUCCUGCCCUUGCUGAAUGAAGUUGGUCUUUUGAAAACUGUUACAGAUGUUUGCCCUUACUCCAAGCUGCUCACAUAUGAGUUCUAUUGCAAUCUCAGUGAUGAGAUUGACAGUCUCACAGGGCCACGACCGAUGCAAAUCUUCAUCAGAGGGAAGUGGUAUGAUUUUGGGCCAGAUGUGAUAAAUAAAUACUAUGGCUUGCCUACAGUGCAAGAAGAAGCUGUUACUGAAUGGGACGUGGUGGCCAAAACUCUUACCGGUGGACAUACUACAUCUUGGCCUACAGGAAAUAAGGACUAUUUGCUGAGCUCACAUCUCACGUCUAGAUAUGUCAUCCUACAUCGCCUGGCUCUGCACAACUGGCUUCCAUCAGCUCAUUUCAACACAGUUGGCAAGCUUCUGGCAGGGUUCUUAUUUAGAAUUGGAACUAAGAUGCAGUGUGAUCUGGGCAAAUGGAUUUUUUAUCAUGUUCUAACUCUGAUUCAUCCCCGGGAACAGAAGGUAAGAUUACCAUUUCCAAAUCUGAUUUUUGGCAUCCUUACCUCUCAGGGUCUUAAGCCUAUGCCCAGCGAAGUGAUCAGUCCGACGCUGCUAUAUACUGUUGAUAAACGUCUUCUUUCUGGAGAUCACCUUAAGGAUGUCGUUCCUGUGACUGCCCCAUCCAAUUCGGAACCUGAUGCUGUGAAUGAUGAGUCUCCUCAUGCUAAAGAUGUGAAGCUUUCCGAACAAUUGAAGGUGCGAGUUGUUGAUCUUGAGACGGUGCACGGUAUCAUUGCCAAGCAACUGACGGGUGCGCGCACUGAGCUAGCUACUGUUCUUCUCCGAAUGAGCCUGUCUGAUACUGCUGCUGCUGCUGAGGAUCCCGUGAAGUCUGACUGUGGCUCUCCCUCAAAUGCUUGA